AUGCUUCACGCUGUCAAGUUCGUUGGUGGAGUUCCAUACUACUGUUGCCGCUACACCAAGACCAACAGGUACAAGCACGAAGCUUCCGCUGGCCGGUCCCUGUUCCCGAAUCCGUUGGGAGAUAGUCACGGAGUCCCAGGAAUCGCUCGCAUCACACUCUUCGCCAUGAGAGUCGCGCUGGGAAUCGUCGAUGCCACUGGAGGAAUCGGGACUGCGAACGCUGGGCUUGUCUUCCACAAUGGAACUCUUCUCGCCAUGUCCGAGGACGACAUGCCUUAUGCUGUUCGUAUCUGCGAGAGUGGCGACCUCGAGACCGUCGGAAGGUUCGGUUUUGAUGGCGAGAACCAGCUCAACUCGCCAAUGACAGCUCAUCCCAAGCUGGAUCCACGGACUGGAGAGCUGCUCUGUUACAGCUACAGCGUCGCCACGAAGCCGUAUCUCAAGUACUUCAAAGUGUCUGCUCGAGGAGUGAAGUCCAAGGACGUUCCAAUUCCCCUGUCCGAGCCGGUUAUGAUGCACGACUUCGUGGCGACCGAGAACUUCGUCGUCUUCCCGGAGACGCAGAUAGUUUUCCGGUUCCAAGAUCUCUUCCUGAAGAGAACCUCUGCCGUUGUGUGCGACGAGAACAAAGUCCCACGAUUUGGUGUUCUUCCCAGGAACGCCGAGGAUGUGUCCGGCUUGAAAUGGUUCGACGUCCCUGGCUUCACGAGUUUGCAUUUUGUGACCGGCUGGGAGGAGGACGGCGGAGAAAAGAUCGUGCUGAUCGCUGCAAAGACAUGGCCGCUCAGGAACAUGUUUGAUGAUCCGGCUUCCGUUCAUAACACUGUCUGUGAAGUCCAUCUAGAUAUGAAGACGAGCCUGGCUACCGUAACACGAGUCACUGCUGCAGUUCUCGAGAUCGGCCAAGUCGAUCACCGGAUGAUCACCAGAAAGACGAGGUAUGCUUAUUAUUCGAUUUAUGGUCCAUGGCCGAAGUUCUCUGGAGUUGCAAAGCUCGAUCUGAAUGCUCCCAGAUGUUCCAACGUGACGACCAUCUCUGAAGAAGCUCUCGAGUAUGACCCCGCUGUGGUUGCAUGGAGAAAAUUUGGAACGGGACGUUUUGGCAGUGAGCCAUUUUUCGUUCCCAGGAACGACGAUGCCGAGGAAGAUGACGGCUUUCUGCUUUGCUACGUCCACGAUGAAAUAACUGGCGUCUCCGAACUGCUUAUUAUGGAUGCGAGCUCUCCCAAGCUAGACACAGUAGCGUCCAUCGAGCUCCCUUCGAGAGUACCAUACGGUUUCCAUGGGCUGUUCGUGAACAAGGAAAAGUUAGCUCAGCAGAAGCCUGUAUAA